AGUAACUGAAUAUACUGGAAGUCAAACGUCUACAGCAUUAAGAAGAUGAAAUCAGCGUGAAACAGUCAUCAAAUCACGAGACACGGGUGAAAUGAAGCACUGCAUGUGUAACUGUGCAACAGAUGUCUGAGAUUUGAUGGAAUCCAGUCGGGAUUUUGUACUGGAGCAGCCUGAGGAGUCUCUCUCAGAUCAAAGCACCAAAGCUAAAGUGGAGGAGCGAGAGGCUCUGAUCCUGGAACUGCAGGAUGUCAUCACUGAGCUACACCUGGAGAUGUCUCUGAAAGAACAGCACGAGCUCCAGCAGCUUCAACAGCUGCUUCAGGUGGAGACCAGUGGCAAAGAGCUUCAAGAGCAGGCUUCCACGGAUCUCACAGCCCUCAGAGGAACACAGCUGUUGAAGACUGAGUUGUCACGUCGGGACGCGAGCAUCCAAAGACUCCGGCAAGACCUGCUCCUCUCUCAUCAGGCCCGUGACGCCCAAAGCGUUCAGCUGGACGUCCAAGAGCAGAGGCUGUGGGAUCUGCAGAGAGAGCUGCAAGAAAGCCAGCAGGAGCUCCAGAGGGGACACGACCGCAACCAGCAGCUUCACGGGCAGCUACAAGAUGCCAGGAAGAAAGAUCAGGCGCUACAAGCUCAGGCUGAGCAGAUACAGUGGCUGGAGGAGAAAGUGUCCAGGCUGAAAUCUCAGCAUAGUUCAGUCUGUCAGAAGGAAUCAUGUGGGCUCCAGAGGGCACGAGAGGAGCUGACGGCGAGAGAAGAGAGAUCUUCCCUUCAGGAGCAGCUCAACAGAGUCAGAGAGGAGCUCCACAGCGCCACCAUCAGGGAAGAGGAGCAUCGGCUGAAAGUGCUGCAGAUUGAUGAACUCCAAAGAGAGGUUGACAAGACACUGGCACUGCUUGAAAAGGAGAGAGAGGAUUGUGUAAAGGCCGAGGAGCUGAAACGACUGAGAGAAGAUCAACUCAAGGACAAGGUCAGGCAUCAGGAAGAGCUGACUGCAGAGUUGCAGAGAGGAUUUGACCAGAAGGAGAAAGAGCUGAAGGAAUGGAAAGAGCGAUGGCACUCCGUCUCAGAGAGUCUCCGGCACGCACACACACAGCUCCAGCAGACCCAGGACAGCCGAGAACGGGCCGUCAGCAGCCUGAAACCACAGCAGGAGAAGACCUGCAGUCUGCAGGGUGAUGUGGACACACUCCAUAUAGCGCUGGUUGAAGAGGAGUCUAUGGUCUCCAGGCUUCAUGAAGCAGAGAAGCAGAGGGAUCUUCUGGCCUCCAGAAUAGCUGAGCUGAACUGUGACAUCCAGCAUCAGGAGAAAGACUGCGAGUGGCUCAUAGAGCAACACAAAGCAGAGCAGGACGAGGUGUCCGAUAGAGACGAGAAGGUUCUGAGACUGACGGCAGACCUGCGGGCCGCUCAGGAGAGUCUGACCUCUACACACGAAGAGCUCGCAGAGCAGAUGCAGGAGGUCCCGUCUAGGAGAGAGGAGGUUGUGGCCCUGCAGAAGGAGUUGAGCAGACUUCAGGAGAUCCUGAAACAGAGAGAGGAGGAGAUAGAGAAGAACAAACACAACACAACACGGCUCCAGCGAGAGACAGACUCUCUUUACAAACAGUGUAUAGGUCAAAAUGAAGAGCUUUGUGAUCUGCGUGAGGAGAUGCAGCGCUGGCAGCAGGAGACCCUGGAGCAGAAGGAGAGCCGGGUGAAGGAGGUGCAGGACCUUAAGAGAGAGUUGCAAAGCACACAGAUUCUCCUGCAGCUGCACAGAGAUAACCUGGAGAGUCUGCACCGACAGCAGAGAGACACAGAGGACGAGGCCUUCUGCAGGGAAGCAGCUCUCCACAGUCAGGAUGCAGAGAUGGUUCAGCUGAAGUCAGAUCUAUUGGAGGCUGAGAAACUGGCCACAGAUGCUGAGGCUCGACUACAACCUCUUAGUGAAUCCCUCGAGUUCUGCAAACACAAGUACCAGGCCUGCCUCAGCAAGAUCGCCCAACUAGAGAACACUCUGCUUAGCCGAGAGGAGGACCUGAAAGAGGCCCACAAUCAGGUGGCCCAGAGGGAAGAGCAGGUCCUCCGUCUGAGAGCUCAGGUUGUAGCUCUGCAGGGGGAUCUGCAGGUACACUGCACCCAGCUGGAGAGCGGAGACGAUGCCCUUGCCACGCUGAGCCAGAAGCUCCGAGAUACACUGGAAGAGCUGGAGCACAGGCGUAAUCACACAGAAGAGUGUGAGCUGCUCAUCCACACACUCAGAGACACAGCUGCUAGCCUUCGUCGACAGGCUGAAGAGCAAGAAGAGACGCUAGUGAAGACACAGGCUGAUUUUUCCAUCUACCGAGCCACUCACAUCCACUCCGACUCAGACUACGAAUCCCAGCUGUCCCGCGUUCAGGAACUAGAGCAGGCACUGUUCCAGUCGCUGGAGCGCUGCGGUCAGAGCGCCCAGGAGAUGCGGGUCUGCCAGCUGGAGUUGGCGCGACACCGACAAUACAGUCCGGCAGAGAUGCAGCGACUGCAGGAGCCGGUGAAGAAGCUCCAGGCGGAUGCAGCGGACGAGGGCCGGAGACGAGCACAAGCUGAUGCUCUGGAGCUGAAGGUAGCCAAUCUGGAAGGAGAACUACAGGCAGCUCAAAGGCAGUGUGACCAGGCUAUCCAGAAGAGAGACGCCCUACUGAGACAGUCCGAGGCUGAUCUUCUGCAAGCGCGGGAGAAGAUCCGAAGCAGGGCGGCAGAGGCUCGAGGGCUGGAAGCUGAUCUGCAGAGAGCCAAGAAAGAGAAAAGGCAGAGGGAGAAAGAGUGCGUCUCACUCAAAACGCAGCUGCUUCAGCUCAGAGAACAACUGAAGGAGGCUCACACCACUUGCAGAGAGACGGGCCAGGAGCUGACGCGGCAGCAGGAGAUGGUCCAGAUGCUGGAGGGAGGUCAACAUCUGGCUCAGGAGCAGCUCUCCGAGCGUGUGGCCGAGGUGGUGCGGGCAGAGAAAGCCCAGAGGAGACUGCAGGCAGAGCUCAAGAGAAUAACAGACAGUCUGGAAAACACCCAGCAGGAGCUGCAGGACUCACGGAGGCUGGUAGAGCGCUUGAGAGCAGAGGCCAGCAGCAGCAGAUCGGAUGUGCUCAGCGCUCAACAUGAAGCCGGGAGACUCCAGCAGGAGAAACAGCAGAUCCUGGAUGAGCUGGACAUCAGCAGAGAGACUCUCUCAGCCCUGCAGACUAAGCUGUGUGAACAGGAGAAGCUUCUAAACACACACCAGGAUCUGCAGCUCUUCACACACAGACUUCAGGAGGAAGGACUGAACUGCCAGACUCAGCUUCAACUGUGCAGGAGACAACUGGAGACCAGAGAUGACCAGGAGCAAAAACACCACCAACAGAUGAGCAGUCUGCAGGCUACAGUGUCCAGACUGAAGCUUGAUCUGGAGCAGGAGCGGGAGAGGUGGCGUCAGGCGGUACGAGAGGCAGCCAAGGCCGAUCAGAGAGGCAGAGAGCUGAGACUGGAGCUCAGCACAGCACAGGCCACUCAUAAAGAGUACAUGGAGCUGCUGGCGGAGUACAGUGGAGAGGUGGCGUCCCAGAGGAGUGAGCAGGCCCGUCUGCAGCAGUGCCUGAUCCAGCUGACGGAGGAGAAGAAGGCUCAGGACGAGCGAGUCACACAAAUGAGUGCAGAUCUACAGAGACUGCACAGUGAGAGCAGGAGCUCUGAGGAGGAGGCUCGUGCGAGUGAGGGCCGACUGGCGGAGCUGCACACACAGCUGUCCCGCUCUCAGCAGUGGACACAGGAGCUCAUGAGCGUCCUGCGGGACAGAGAGGAGGAGGUGCUGCUGCUGAAGAUGGAGACGGCCGCUCUCAGAGAGAACUACACUGAUAAAGUAGCUCAGGUUGAGGCUUUGCACUCACAGAUGGACAGUGUUGAUCAGAAGUAUAACGCAGCUGUGUGUGAAGUGGAUGUUUUGCGGCAGUGCUUAGGAGACGCACGGAGUGACAGCUCUCGACUUCACAGGGAAAGUCAACUAGUCGUGACCAAUGUGAACCAAUGGGUAAAGGAGCAAAAGCACACUAAUGAGAAACUGGCACUCAAGAUCAAAGACCAGAGCAGGAAGAUCAUCCACCUGACAGCCGAGAGAGAUCACCUUCAGGAGAAUGUGAAGGGUUUACAUGGGGAAAUCAGGAGGCUGAAAGCAGAGAGAAUGGAAGCAGAGCGACUGAAGGUAAAGCCCUGA